AGACGAAGAUGAAGACAGAGCUCUUCCUCGUCGUCGUAGCGCUGGUCUGCGCCGCCGCCAACCCGCUGAGCAAGGCAGCGCAGAGGAACAAGCUGCUGCUGAUCUCCUUCGACGGCUUCCGGUGGGACUACGACCAGGACGUGGACACGCCACACCUGGACCAGCUGCUGGAGGACGGGGUCAAGGCCAAGUACAUGACCCCCCCAAUGCUCACCAUGACGUCCCCGUCCCACAUCACCACCGUCACCGGCAGAUGGGUGGAGGAUCACGAAGUUGUCCACAACAUGAUGUUCAACGCCAAGACGAACCAAAAAGUUCCUCACAAACAGACUCUGACCAGAUCGGAGUGGUGGGACAACGGAGUUCUGCCGUUAUGGAUCACAGCUCAGAACCAGGGUCUGAAAACUGCUUCCUUCUAUUACCCUGGGGGCGGGGCUAACUACAGUGGCCAGGUGGUCGACCGGGUUAUCGUGGAGGAACCGGGUCACCCGGACGACAACGAGACCGAAUGGCGUCAAAACAUCAACACCGUGAUGCGCUGGUUCUCUGAAGAAGACUUCCACCUGGUGACGCUGUACUAUGGCGAGCCAGACAACGUGGGCCACGCCAAGGGGCCGGACCACCCGGACAGGAAGAGCAUCAUCCGCCAGAUCGACCGCACUAUCGGCUACUUGAGGGAGGCCAUUGGCCGCCAUCACCUGAACAACAGCCUGAACGUCAUCAUUACCUCUGACCACGGCAUGACCACUGUGAAGAAGCGACCGCAGGUGGACGAGAUCAUACUCAACAAGUACCUGAACCUACUGAAGCUCGCCAGCUUUGAGAUCCUGGACUACGGCGGGUUCGGCAUCCUGACGCCGCGGCCCGGGAAGGAGCAGGAAGUGUUCAACGCUCUGUCCAACGCGCCCAAUCUGACGGUCUACAAGAAAGACGAGCUUCCCGAGAGCUUCCAUCUCGCCAGAAGCGAGCGGCUGCCUCCCAUCGUGGUCGUCGCAGAUCUGGGAUUCAACCUGAACUCUAGAUUCAUCGUCUAUGUGAACAAAGGCGACCACGGCUACCACAGCGGAGAGAUGGACAUGAAGACCAUCUUCAGGGCCUUCGGACCCGACUUCAAGAAGAACUUCCUGUCUGAGCCGUUUGACAGCGUCCACGUUUACCCUCUGAUGUGCAAAGUGCUGCAGAUCGACCCGGCGCCGCACAACGGCUCUCUGGCCGUCACCGAGAAGCUGCUGCUGCCCGGAGGUGGAUCACAGAGAUCUGGACUGUCUGUCGUUCUGCUGCUGUCGAUGCUGCUCUUCAUGUUUACUGAGCUGUAACAGAUCCAGGAUCAGGUCUGCAGGGC